AUGCUUAUGAAUCCAUUUCGUCCCUUCGAGGGUCCUCCUACCUUCCAAGAGGAAUAUCGAGGCAACUAUAUACCGAAGGUCAUCAAAAAAGCUUAUGGCCUUCAGGUUAUAGCACCGGACACGCCAUUUGUGGCAGCGGCCGGCCCAAACAAACUUUACUUUAUUGAUACACGCUUCGAUGAGAAAACCGCAAGACAUAUCAAGGAACAGAUCGAGAGGGCUGCUAUACCGAAUCCGGAGGAGUAUAUUGCUAUCGACGAGAUUUCGGCUACGGCAGAGUUGAAAAACUCCGUGACGGGCGAAACGACAUUUGUGUUUGAUCCCCUGUAUGCUAAGGUACUAUUUGCAAAGGGUCUAAACAGACAUAAUCCAGAGCUCAAGUUACCUGAGUAUGAGCCUACUAGGGGCGAUUGGAUGGUCAUCUACGACUUGGAGAACUUAUUUGCAAAAGGGGAUGAUACGUCGACGGGCAUCGCGUGA